AUGGUUGGAUCACGGCACUCACUCGUGUUAAUCGGCUGUGGCCCUGGUAUUGGCAGGUCCAUUGCUUCGGUAUUUGCUUCCAAGAGAUAUGACACGAUUGGUCUCGUCGCCAGGCGACAGUCACAGCUCGACGCCGAUCGUAAGGCGGUCGAGGCUGUAGCUCCAGGUACCAAGGUCCACACAUACGUGGCAGAUAUUGCAGAUGGCCCAAGUCUCAAGGAGACUCUUAAACAGAUAAGCUAUGAUAUUGGAAUUCCUGAGACUGUCUAUUUUAAUGCGGCUGUCAUCCGUCCCACCUCUAUAUCUGACGAGACAGAGGAGGCCAUGAUAUAUGAUUUCAAGAUCACCAAUACGGCUCUGCUUCACACAGCACAGUGGGCUUUUCCCCAGCUUGUAAGCCUCGCGCAGUCUGACGCUAUGGCCAAGCCCUCCUUUCUCGUGACAGGAACUUGGAUCUCUCGAGAUCCUGUCACUCAAAUCUUCACUUUGUCAUUGGUCAAAGCUGCUCAGCGCAACUUGACCCAAUCUCUUGCGCAGGUGUAUGGUCCUCAGGGCGUGCAUGUUGGCAUGGUGCGCGUUAUGGGCGUUGUCGACCCCAAGACCCUCAGCCCUGAGAGCAUCGCAGAGAAAGCUUGGGAGCUAUUCGAUGAGCCCAAGGAUAAGCAGGCCUUUGAGAUGGAGGCAAAGUAG